AUGGACCUACAACAACAACCUAUUAACGAAAAAGCUAACACUUCUCCACCUGUUAUUGACAUUAAUGAAAUUGGAUGGAUAUUCGUACAAGAGUAUUAUACUUUCUUACAUAAACAACCAAAUCGUCUUCAUUGCUUUUAUGGAAAAAAUUCUCAUUUUAACCAUGGUGUUGAAGGUGAAAUAGUAAAAACCUUGAUCGGUGAUAAGGAAAUCAAAGAAAAAAUUAAAUCAUUGAAUUUUGAAAAAUGUAGAGUUGCUGUGACAAGUGUGGACUGUCAAGCAUCAAAAGAUAAUGGAAUAAUCAUUCAAGUAUUGGGCAUGAUGAGUAAUCAUGACGAACCAUCUAGAAAAUUUGCACAAACAUUUUUUCUUGCCACGCAACCGAAUGGUUAUUUUUUUUUUGAGGUUGAUGGAGGAACACCUAUGCCAACUAAAAAAGUGGGAUAA